AUGGGAUAACUAAGCCUCUUAAGCCUCUUAAAAAAAUAACAUUAAGAGUAAAAGUUUCAAGAGCUAGAUUAAUAAUAAUUAGAAUAAGAGUCAAAUGAAAAAAUUUAGAUUAAAUUACUUGAUUUUAUCAACCUUCAUUAAAACUUAUCAAUUAAAGAUGUUUAUGAAAUACUCCCAUCGAAAUUAGGAAUAGGUAAAAGUGAUUUUAAUUAAAGGAUCUUAAUCAGUCGUUAAGAUUGGGUUGCACAAAGUUCUAGGUAUAACACGGGCAAUAAAAAUAAUUGAUAAAUCGACAGUUUUAAUAGGGGAUAUAUCUACAGUCUUACAUGAAGCAGAAAUACUUAAAUAGUUGGUAUGAGAUUAUUAAUUUAGGAUCAUCCUAAUGUAAUAAAAAUUCUGGAAUUUUACUAAAAUUCUAAAUAAAUUUUUAUAGUUACAGAGUUAUGUAAUGGUGGUGAAUUAAUUGAUGCAAUAGUUGAAUCUGAUAAAUUUUCAGAGAAAGAUACAAUAAAAUUAAUGAAAUAAGUAUUACAAGGAUUAAAUUAUUGUCAUUAACAUAAAAUAGUACAUAGAAAUAUAAACCCAUCGGAUAUUCUUUUUGAUAAUAAAGAUAAAAGAGAUAUCAUUAAAAUUAUAGAUUUUGAAACAUCAAGAAUAUUUGAUCAGAAUUAAAAGAUGACAUAAAGAAUAGGAACUGUAAAUAUUUAUAAUUUUAAUCAGCCCUAUUAUAUUGCUCCAGAAGUAUUAGAAAGAAAUUAUGAUCAAAAAUGUGACAUAUGGUCCUGUGGAGUUUUAACUUAUAUAUUAUUAAGUAGAUCUCCACCUUUUAAUGGAGAAUCUGAAGCACAGGUUUUAGAGAGAGUUAAAUAAGGAAAAUAUGAUUUAAAUUCUUAAGAAUGGAAUAAUAUCACAAAUGAAGCUAAAGAUUUUAUCUCAAAACUAAUGGAAAAAGAUCCUAAUAAAAGAUAUAAUGCUGAAUAAGCUCUAAAACAUACAUGGAUUACAUAAUUAAAGGAAGAUAUUGAAUAAUCAUAAAUUGAGAGAGUUCUAAAAAAUAUUAAAUCUUUUAAAGUAAAUUUCUUUCUUUAUCUUGUAGUCUAUAUCAAAGAUCCAAUUUACUAUAUAUUAAUAUAUAGUAAAUUAACUUAUAACUUAAGAGGACAAAUCAGAAUUAAUAAAAAUAUUUAAAUUCUUAGAUACAAACGAUGAUGGUUUAUUAAGUAAAUAAGAACUUUUAGUUGGCUUGAAAAUGAUUAUGAAUGAAUAUGAGGCAGUGGAAUAAGUAGGAAUAAUCAUGAAUAAUCUUGAUUAAAAUAAUUCAGGAUAUAUUGAUUAUUCUGAAUUUAUUGCUGCAUCUAUAAAUAGAUCAGAAUUAUUAUCCUAUGAUAGAAUAACAAAUAUAUUUAAAAUGAUUGAUAAAGUAAAUUUAUAACUUAUGAAAAGGAUUGUAAUGGGUUAAUAAAUGCAAAUGAUUUAAAAUUGAUUUUUGGAAAUGGAUAAAUUUCAGAUUAAAUUUGGAUAUAAUUAAUAUAGGAAAUCAAUAAUAAUAAAGAAGAUAUAAACUUUUAAGAUUUUUAAGGAUUUAUCCAUAAUAUAAUAUAUUGA